GCAACAAGUGAAUCUUGCUUGCCCACCACUUCUACCCCUUGACCCCAACCACCGGCCUUGGGCACAUUGGUGACUCCCACACAUUUGCCCAACCACACAUGGACAUGGUGGUCCUCUACCCUUCGCUUGUAUAGUUGCGUCCAAACACCAACCACCGCAUCCUUCUCAUCAGGCCUUUCAAACAAAUCUAAGCCAGCAAGAAAUCAGCUAGCUCCAAUCCGCCGCCCGGGGGGACGAUGAAGAGGGAAGGAUGGCAGCAGGGCACCGUCAGGAUCAACCGCAGCAAGCUACUCAGGGUCGCCGCCGCAGCCAACUGCGAGGAGACGGCGGUUGGGGCGAUGGCGCAUGGGAAGGCGCCGGUCAAGCCGACGAACGCGUCCAAGACCACGGGCAAGUGCCGGCGGCCGCGCAGCGCGAGCUGCCACUACCACCCGGUUUCCAAGGCCCGAGACAAAACCAAGGGCGCGCACAAGUUGCACGCCUGCGACGUCGCGCUCAACCACCGCCUCGUGUCCUGGCGCGUCGUCGACGGUGGUAGCGCGGGGAGCUCGGGGAUCCCAGACUACAAGGGUACCUCGGCAUCAUCCUUGCUGGCCUACCUGGCCGGCAGCGGCAGCAGCUGGCACGAGGACGACGAAGACGGUGGCUCUCUUGAAACUGCCCCGCUGGUCAACGGUGGGCUCCCUGACCUGUACGAUAUCAUCGUCGGCCGUCGCGCCGACGUCACCAUGCUAGGCAGGCAAGAAGCGGAUCUGGCGCGUGCCACUGACAUUGCAGUAGGAGAUACCGACGCAAUUGAAGAGCAGGAGCAGGAUAGCGAUGAUGUCAAGGAAGAUGGGGAUGAAGAAGACAUGGGGUUCUGCAUGGUUGGCAUCACGAUCGCAGUGGAGUUCUCCGACGGAGAGGAGGAUUGGAUCGUGGUGGACGAGAUCUGAUCCGAUCUCGUUCACUUUGCAUGCCAAAUUGCAAAUAAGACAUGCCAGACGAGGCCAUCCAUUCCUCUGGCUGUAAGCUGUCCUGUCUCUCCCAUCUGCAGGUGUUGUGUGUAUACUGCCUGCUCUGUUCGCUGUGUCCAUGCAUGUGUAUAUAUGGUGACUGUUAAUCUGAUCGUGAUCAUGAACUAUGCAUUCAAAACCUGAUUUUCUGAUUUGUGAAUAAUAAAGUGGAGAAGUUGAUCUUCUUCAGUGGUGAUUCAUCUC